AUGGCGGCCCCGACGUUGCAAAGGGUACGACAUUUCUUGUGGGUCGCGGCACGGAAUCAGCUGUUCACGAAUGGCGAGAGAAUGAGAAGACAUUUAACAGAUGACGGGGAGUGCGGGGCUUGUGGGCAGUUAGAGACUACAUUACACGUUUUACGAGACUGUCCACAGGCGCGUAUGCUAUGGGAUAUAUUGAUUCCUCGGUCGCAUCGAAUUGAAUUUUUCUCGCUUGAUCUACGGCCGUGGUUAUGGUGCAACUUAUUAGAUGCUAGAGUGGUUGAUUUGGUUGAGUGGGCUACUAUCUUUUCCACUGCAUGUUGGCGAAUUUGGAUUUGGAGAAAUAUGGCCGUUUUCUCGCACAAGCUUGUUCCGUUGGAGACAAAAGUCCAAGAUGUCCGUCGGCGUGUGGAGCAGUACUGGGAGGCAACAUCUUAUGCGGCCCUUUUGGGUAGUCGGGCUCGUCAGUAUGAAUCAGAUUAUUUGUUAAGCAAACUUCCGCCAACAAAAGAUGAAGCCCAAUAUGAUGAACCGGCCGGCCAAAUCGACGGGACAAAUGUAAGGCCACCUGCUACCGCCACAAUUCCGGUCACAAGGUUGUGUGAUAAGAUAACUAGCCCCCGCUUCAGUCACCAAGCACCGAUUCAUUCUGGUGCUCUGCGAAUUGGCUCGUCGGUUCACCGCUCGCUCACCACUUCUGUCGGAACUGCUUAUCGGGUUACCCAAUUCCCAUCCGGUGGUCUCUCUGCAACUCUCCAUUCCAGAGGCAUGUGCACCAUUCACCAAGUUGGAGCUUCAGAUGGGAUAACCGUGGAUGAGUAG